CAACAGAUACAGAACUUGCCAUUGCUGGUGGUCGUCAGGGUCUGAGCAGCAAAACUGUUCUGGAAAACACGACGGAAAAAACUUCAUGACUUGUGUUCGUGAAAUUCUUGAUUUCUCAUAAAUCUAAUCUGUGAAAAUAAGCAACAUGAAGAUCCUCGUGGUGGUGUUGAUGGCAGUGACGUGGGCAGAGCUUAGUGGUGCUUUAGAUAAUGGUCUGGCCCUCACCCCUCCCAUGGGUUGGCUCACCUGGGAGAGGUUCAGAUGUAACUUGGACUGUGUAAAUGACCCAUACAACUGUAUCAGCCAGAACCUCUUAAUGCAAAUGGCGGAGCUGAUGGCGGAGGAAGGCUACCUGAAUGCGGGCUACAAUAUGAUCUCCCUCGAUGACUGCUGGCUGGCACAUGAGCGAGACGAGCAGGGGCGGCUGCAGCCAGAUCCGGACCGUUUUCCUUCCGGCAUUCCAGCCUUAGCUAAUUUCGUCCACGGUAAAGGGUUGAAGUUUGGCAUUUACGAGGAUUUGGGCACCAAAACUUGCGCUGGUUACCCAGGCGUCCUCGGUCAUCUUCAGACGGACGCCAACACUUUCGCGGAGUGGGGUGUUGAUUAUAUCAAGUUGGAUGGUUGUUAUUCUUCUCAAGAAGAAAUGGACGAAGGUUACCCGCAGUUCGGGAUGUACCUUAACAACACGAAGCGACCCAUCGUGUAUUCCUGCUCCUGGCCAGCCUACCAGAACGACCCUAACUACACGGCGAUCAUCAACUCCUGCAACCUGUGGAGGAACUUUAAUGACAUUGCCGACUCAUGGACCUCCGUGACGACCAUCAUUGACCACUACGGGGACAACCAAGACGUCCUCGCCCCCCUCGCCGGCCCGGGGCACUGGAAUGAUCCCGACAUGCUAAUCAUAGGAAACUUCGGGCUGAGUUAUGACCAGGCCAAGACUCAAAUGGCAAUAUGGUCGAUCCUGGCAGCCCCGCUCAUUAUGUCCGUGGAUCUGAGAGACAUACGGCCAGAGUUCAAGUAUAUCCUCCAGAAUCAACGUGUUAUUGCCAUAGAUCAGGACCCACUCGGCAUCCAAGGCAGAAGGUUUAAGAAGAGUGGCAGCAUUGAGUUUUGGCUUCGUCCCGUCACGCCUGUGGACAACGAUAACCACUCCUACGCCGUGGGCAUCCUCAACCGUGGCGAUAGCACGCCAACCAAGGUGAUUUAUGCUACACUAAAAGAAAAAGAAGGAUAAUCUUUGAGCAUAAAU